AUGACCUUGAGCCAAUGCAAUGCGGCAGCUUGGGUGAUUAAGAAGAGCCUGAACCUCCACAGUCGUUUGCAGGGCCGAUCGAAGACACGACGGGAUGAUGAAGUUCAGGAACUGUUCGAUUGCAUCAUUAGUGGCACCUUUCCUGUCGGUGUUCCGAAUGACAUAGCCCUCACAAAGGCAUCGAUAGGCAAGGCUCCGGUUCGCAAGAGACUGCGAUUGAACACAAAGACAACCCCUAUCAUCCCAAGCCCAGCCACGACUCCAAGCCCGGCCACGACUCCAAGCCCAGCUACGAAUACUUCUGGCACCUCGGAGACUGCGGCCGAAGACGUGACGGUGGCUGAGGUUAGUGUUGGUUGCUGUGAGCUUCCGGCAGAGGGUGAGGUUAGUGUUGCUGGCUGUGAGCUUCCGCCAGAAGACAUGCCUGUUGACUGCGAUGCAGAGGGUGAGGUGGUUAGUGUUCCCGGCUGUGAGCUUCCGCCCGAAGACAUGCCUGUCGACUGCAAUGCAGAGGGUGAGGUUAGUGUUCCCGGCUGUGAGCAUCCGUCAGAGGCAUCGGGACAGGUUCCUUCUGCCUUUGUUGAGGGCGACGGUGUACUUCGUAUGGUGGACCUGGUGUCUGAGAGUGAGGAAGAGCAAGGUUCGAGAGAUCAGGGUUCGACCGUGGAGCCGACUACGAUUGCGCCGACGAAAGCAGAUGUGGAAGCUGCACGGGCCACCUCGUCGCAGCCUGUGCGAGGUGCAGAGAUUGUUUUGUUCUCGAUUGGGCCCGAGGAUUCCUUCAUUGAGAUUGGCGACAGCGACAACGAGGUCGAGCCAUUGGACUCGGGUGCCGAGCUCGAGCCGAUUGGUGCUGGUGUUGCAAGCUUGGCUGCACCUGUGGCCACGGAAAGGGCUGCAGCAAAAGCUGUGCCUGCGGCUGCGACAGGGUUGGCGGGUGAGCCGUUGGAUCCUGUCGUUGUCGCAAGAUAUGACAAGUUCUGGUCCAAGUAUGUUUGCAAAGAUGGUGAUAUUUGGAAGAAUGUAGAUGGACCCGAGGAUGAGGAAAGCAAGGCCAAGCUGAGAAGCUUGGGCCUGUGGCGGCCAAACUUGGCUCUUGACCUUUCUAAGACCGGUGCUGAGGGCGAGGAUGCAGGAUUUUUGGCCAGGUCACAGCAGCGACUGUUGAAACAGAAGAAAACCGAUGCAAACAAAGCUGCAGCUGACAAAGAUGAUGAGAUGAUGCCUGCAGUUUCAAGUGCUGCCGUUGCUAAGCCUAAGGCCAAGAGCAAAUCCAAGGCUAAGGCUAAGGCAACGAGCAAAAGAAAAGCAGCUGCUGUCGGAGACCCCGUGAUCGAUGAGAAGGAGACGGAUGCAAUCGUGCCAGCUUCGGCCCCCGGCUCUGAGAAGGAUCUGAUUGACAAACUCGCAGUGGUCCCUUGCCCGGAGACGAAGCAGGAUGAUGAGAACUUGAAGCGGAAGUGUAAGAAGCGGAAGACCAAGAAUGAUCCCGACUACAUUCCAUCCUUCGCCGGAAGACCCCGACCUAAGAGAGAGAGAACAAGAGCUGUGUGGGAGGCCUUGAGGGAUGCCUUUCACGCCAUCAUCCGCCCUCGCAUUGUGCAUCCUUCCUCGCACGAGGACAUGAGUGAAUACUGGUUUGAAGGCACUUGA